AGGGUGUUAAGGAAAGGUUUGUCAGCAGGAGGUUGGGAUGGCUUCAGCAUGCACCAUCUACAGCAAAACCACCAAAUGCUGACGUGAUGUUUCUGUUCCAGUUUUUGCUGACUCAUAUUCAGGAAAACAUGAUGCGCAGACACAAUGCACUGUAACUCUUUUUCUUUCCCCCACUAACCUCGAAAGUUUCUGUAUUUCGUGCAAUAAAUGGCUGAGGAAACAUGUGCAGUAAUAAGAGAUGAAGAGGAGACCCAGAAAAACUCUGAUGAAGACCCAUUUCAUGAUGCUGAAACGGCAUUGCCUGAUUGCUAUGCUGGCCUUAGUGAAGGCAACAGAAGCUCAGAGGUGCCAGAAAGACUGUCUGUCCUCUCUAGCAAGGCUGUGGCCCAAGCAAAAGCACUUGCUGGACCAUCAGCGGUCGUCAGUGGCAGCCAGGCACAGAGCAAGGCAUCUGCCUUGGCCAAGCACCACCUGAUGGCUGUCAGUGCAUCAGCAGGAGACUUGUCCUGCUCUACAACAAUCUGUAAACCCAAGCCCAGGGGCCUUGCCUCACCGUGCUCUGAAAGUGUCUACUGUAGCUGUGACCAGGAUUCAGAAGCAUCAUGUGUCCCUGGGAUGCCUGACGGGGCUGGUAAGCCCCCCAGGGCAGUCGUGGCCCUGUUGGUGAACAACCUCAGGUGCUGCCAUGUGCCAGCUGAUAGUGCACGGCCUGUGGAGAGCUGCACUGAGGGCAACCCUUGCAGUCUGGGCUCAGCCAUCUGGAUGAAGACCACAACAGUAAUGGAGACCCUAGAAAAUAAGAAAAAGGAGGAAAAGGAGAAGUAUCGGCUCCAGCUAGCAAUGUACCGAAGACUCCUGCUGUUGCGUUCGAUCAGGAGCUUGCACAAGCAGCUGGAGCAGCAGCAGGCCAGGUUACAGGAAUGCUAUGGCAUAGUCAUAAAUACCAAGAAAGAAGUGUUAAAACACAUUCGUUCAACCUUGCCCUCUCCUUCUCCAUAAUCAUGUUGCUGCACGCAGAAAUGAGCUUUGUAAUGCCACUGGAGCCGUCAGCAAGCUUGCAUGCCAUGAGAUGGUUUCUUCCAAGCCAAGAGAAUGUGCCCACGUGUGCCGAGAGCAAAGAGGAAAUGGCAACAGCAGAGCGAGAAGAAAGAGGAAGGCAAAGCGUUGGCCCCUGAAUUUGUCUGCAGGGAGCUGGAAUAAGAUUAUAUCUGUGCAAUACCGUAAUGCUUGAUGUGCACUCAAGGCUUCAAGCUUGUGUAUGACAUGAAAUUGAAAAAAAAAAAAAAAAAAGAAGGAAAAAACCUGAGAACAUAGUCUGAUGUGAUCAUCAUGUGACUUAGUGCUAAUAGAAUGAACAGAAUUAGGGUUCAGUUCUCUUCAAGAACCUAGCAAGUCAGGAUAUUAGGAGCACUUAAACUCAGGCUUGAUGAUGUCCACCCAGCUGCCUGCUUUUCAGAAAACCGCUUAGGCUAUUGCCUGUUUGUGACCUCUACCCUCCCACAAAAAAAUGUAUUCAUAUUGACCAGAAGUCUUUCUGGAAGGUCAAACAGUCAAACACAUGUACAGAGGAACCUUGCAAUUGCCUGAGCCCUAUUAGGAAGGCAAGCUAAAAGCAAAGGCCUCAUAAUCUGGCAUUGUGUUGGAAGCCCAGACUGUCAGUGCCAGGGGAAUGUUCGAGGUCUGCACAAUUAUUAAUCUGCUGCUAACUCCCAGUGGCACUAGCGUCUGCAAAUCAAGCACAUUUUGUGCCUUACUGCUGUCAUUUAAUGGAAGUUGGUGACAAUUAGCACUUUUUAUCCAGGUGUAUUAUAUGCCUGGAAAACCCUAGAGCAAUUUCUUCAAUUGCUAGGUUAGGAUGCCUGCAGGAAAUCUGAUGUCAGUAAGCAACAAACAAACAUACAGAAAAAUAAAGAAAAAAGAUGCAACUUCUUUUUAUGCAUUAAAAAGCCAGUCUGGGUCCCUAUUAUCGAACAGCAAAUUGAAUUGUUGAAUGUGCUGUCUUAGAGUCUGAAGCAAAAAUUAUUUGAGAAGAUAUUGAAAGGCUCCCCUUUCUGGGACUUAGAGUGGCAUAGAAAAAUCUUUUUUUCUUUUCUUUUUUCUUCAGGUACCCAUUUCUGAUGAUGCCACCUUUUCUUUUGCCCUGUUGUUCUUUGUUACAAAUGUGUAAGUAGAUAAGCAAUCAGACAAGUUUUUGGCAUGGAUUUAUUUGGUUUUGGUUUUUUUUUUUUUUCUUUUUUUUGCAUGAAAAUGCAAAUCUGUUACUAGAAGUCCUAUCUUUCUCAGAGUAGUGUUCUGUAUGUGGGAAUUUUUUUGCCUUGGCUUUUUCGUGUGCUCAUAGAGGGAAGAUGUCUGUGUUUGUGUGCACACACAUGCACUUAUGUACAAAUGAUCCUAAAAGGCUGGCACUUCUUUUUCUGUAGUAAAAACAGGAAUAAUCUCUCAAAAUAAUCUUUGCUGUCUUAGAGGAGUUGCUUGAUUAGAUUCACAUGAGCACAUCUGUGAGCAAGGUAUUGAAGUAAUUUAACAAUUGAAGUGCAGCACAACAUUGUUAUUAUUCCAUCUUUGUAUUUCCUUGCACCCAAAAUAAUGGAAGCCCCCUGGGUAUGCACAACCUUAGAUAGGCUUAUUCAUCUCCUUGGGCCCUUGCACAGCCUCUUACACAGCACGAGCCUGUAAUUUUGUAUGCAGAAUUACCAUAGAAACAUUCUUGGCAUCAAGGAGAUAUUUGAAGGAGCAUCCUGUACUGUCUCAUAUGGGGGAUUUGGGUUGCCGGCAGCUGUCAGUGGGCUGCCGAAGAUAGAGCUGGGGAUCUAUGUGACUGGAGGACACUACUCCUAUGCCCGGAUCUCACCCAGCUUUGGGAAAGCUGUUCAUAGCCAGUAAUGCGCAUUUACCAAAGAACACUAAACUCACCUCAAAAGUAAUCUGUUCUAUCUUAAUAUGCCUCCUAGAAAGGAAGAACAAUCAUGGCUAAGAGGACUAUGCAAAGAUUUGAUUUUUUUUAAUUACUAUAUAUAUAUAUAUUAUAUAUAAUUAUAUUGUUAUUAACAAAACCUAAAAAAAAAACCCACAUUUUUUUUUUCUCCUAUUCAUUAAGAGUUAAAGUUCUGUUAACACAGACACAAGCAGACCAUUAUUAGAUUGUCUCUUUGGGAAGGAAAUAUUGGAAAAGGGGUGCAUCUCUCAAAAAUAAAUAAAUGCAAAAUUACUCAAUUCUGAAAUUAAAUGUCAAACUGUUUCCAUUAAGAUGAAAAUUAAAAAAAAAAAAUUGUUAAUUCUUCUUUGUACAUCAUUUUAGCCUAAUUUUAUUUUUUGUCUUCUGAAUAAGAUUCAGCUUUGCGAAUACUAUCAUGUUGAAUUUUCUGCUGACAUAAAAUACAUGUGCACAAAGGUAAGGUGAUGUAGUUAUUUUGCCUCAGUAACUGCUGAAGUAAUGUCCUAUGCAUUACUAUAUAGAGCUACCUAUAGUGUCAAUUCUUUUUAAAGGUGACUAGAAAAUCACUGAAAAAUAUUUCUUACACUGUACACAGUGUGGCAAUAGUUGAUUUGUCAACCUGUAUAACUGAAAGUACUUUGUGGCAGAACUGUGACUUUUUUUUUGUAUGACAUCUCUCGCAACGUUUCUUGUUUCUUAUUGGAAUCAGUAGAUGCUUCUGCACUAUGAAUAUUAAAUGUCAAGAGGUCUGUGCUUGAGCAAUGCUGCCUGGCAAGAAAAUAAAGCCAAUACUUGUUCUGUGUAUGCACAGUCUUUCCAUGUAGUGAUUUUACGGAUACAUGCAAAAUAAAUGUUAACUGAAGAAAUAACAA